AUGGACGCCUUCGGCUGGAGCACGCAGCCUCCUGUGACGACCGUGCCGAGCUGCCCGACCGACGACGCCCUCCUCGCCGCCUUCCUGGGCGCGGGCAGCUUCGAGGAGCUCCACUCCGCCGGCGCCGGCGACGGCACCGUGUGCUCCGACGCCUACCACGGCGGCCUCGACCUGCCGUCGUGCCAGAGCGACCUCAGCCUCCUGCGGUGCCAGGACGGCGUGGCGCUUCCCGGCCACGGAGACGGCGACGCGUCGUCCAACGUCUUUCUCGACUCGGCGGGUUGUUUCCUCCCGGCUAUCGCCGGCGCGCAUGAUGGGCUCCAUGACAGGUUCGCGUUCGUCCCUGAUGAUCCCGCGCAGGCUGCCGGCUCCAACACCGCCUUCUCCGGGUACAGCACCACCACCGGAGGCGUCGGCGGUGGGAACGUCUCCUCCGGCGAGUCCAACACGUACGGCGGUGGCGGGCACGAUACGGAGGUUGCGUCGCCGCCAUGCGCCGUGUCGUCGCGGCGGGUGCAGCAGAUUAGUCAGGUGGCCCCGCCCCCAACGAAUGGGAACAAGAUGCCGGACAAGCUCCCGGCAGCGGCGGCGACGACGGUGGAGGGCAGAGAACGCUGGGGCACGAACCGAGCCGCCGCGCCGACGACCAGCAUCACGUUCGGGCACAGCGGCGGCCGGCGCGGGUACGAGCCGGACAAGGAGGCGAUAGCGCAGGUCAAGGAGAUGAUCUACCGCGCGGCGGCGAUGCGCCCCUUGCCCAGCUUGACCGACGCCACCGCCGGAGAGACGCCGCAUGAGCCGUCGUCGUCGAAGCCCCGGCGGCGCAAGAACGUGCGGAUAUCGAGCGACCCGCAGACGGUGGCGGCGCGGCUGCGGCGGGAGAAGGUGAGCGAGCGGCUGCGGGCGCUGCAGAGGCUGGUGCCGGGAGGGAGCAAGAUGGACACGGCGUCCAUGCUCGACGAGGCGGCCAGCUACCUCAAGUUCCUCAAGUCGCAGGUCGCGGCCCUGGAAAGCCUAGGCGGCGGGGGCGGCGCCGGCGGUGACGACGACGGCCGGUACUCGUUGGUGCAACGGUACACGGGAAGGAAUUUCAACCCUUCGGCCCGUGGCAUCGGCGGCGGCGGCAGCACCGUACUCUCCUUCGGGAGAGACGGCGUCGCUGGCUACGUGAGAUCCAGUAGGAACAUGAACAUGCAGUUGUAA